GUUGAGUUGUCAGAGAUAUCAUAGCUGACCUUUGAGUCAAGCAACACUUCAAGGGGUGGCUGCAGCCGGCUGUACUCAAACUGGUGCUUCCUUUAGAAAGAAACUUCACUUGGGUUCACAGGUUUUACAUUUGGUCAGGUAUCUUCUAGAUUAUGGAUUCGUAUUCACGCAGAGUUGUUCGAGUGUGUAACAGUCCUGCGUAGCGCUCAUGAGCGCGGAUGAAAUCUUUGAACAGGUGAGAGAGAAAACGCACAGAAUGGGGGAUAUCUAAGAGGACAGUUUCUGGAUAUGUAAACUUCUUCAGCGCGUAUGUAAACAAGGGAAGCCGAGCCCGCUCAUAUAAACAUGUGUGACAGCGCGGGCAGCUGCGAGCUGUCACAAAGCGACGCCAUCGAAUCCGAAACUCCCCCGGAUUCUCAGAUGGGUGAAUCCGAAGCGCUAUUACAUGGACAAAAACAUGCAGCUAAAAUCCAAAUGAACAACUCGAAUGAAUCCGGGUCCGGCUUCUCAGCGGAACCGAACCCCGAGGAGCGCGCGGCUAAAGUUGGCGCGCGCGCGGUGUCGCUCACACUCAGCGCUGCUGCGCGCAGGUCCAGAUUUCAGAGACAGCUGGAAGCUUCUGAACCAAGAACAUCGGCCGAGGUCCAGGAGAAAGGCUCCAUCACGCCUGCCAUGCGCAAAAAAUUCCUGAAGGACUUGUUUUUGAACUAUAAUUCGCAUAGUGGCCUGUCAACAAUCUUAUCGUUUAAAAGCGCGAGCGAGUCGUCGAAGGAUUGUGUGGACGGGACGUCGCAGGGUGCGGACGAGAGCAAUGCAUGCUGGGUACUGGACCCCACUGAACACGCAUGGAUGCUAUCGGCUGUGGAUGGAAAUUAUGACACUAUAGCAGAGUUUCUCUUGGAGGACGCCAAUUUAUUGACCAGGAAGGACUUUGUGAGUGGUUACACGGUUCUCCAUUGGUUAGCCAAGAAGGGGAAACACGAGACCUUAUUAAAGCUUCUAAAAGACGCUGAGAGGAAAGGGUACCCAGUGAACGUGAACAUAAAGGGCAGUGGGGGUCUUACACCUCUUCACGUUGCUGCUAUGCACAGCCAGUACAUGGUCAUAAAGAUCUUAGUCGGUGCAUUUAGUGCCAGUGUAGAUGCCAUGGACUACAAUGGAAAAAGGGCAUGGCAAUAUCUCAAGCAAAGUGCACCAGCAGAGAUGAAGGAGCUCCUUGGUGCAUGGGAUGAUGAACACACUAGGUGGCAACUAAAUGCUAAUAACAAUAAUGCAAGUUGUACUGAAGUAGCUUCUACAGGGGACUGCCAAAAGGACACAAACAGCAAAGACACGGUCACUGCAAAUGGGCUAUGGCGCUUUGGUUCAUUUAGAAAGUUACUCUCCCCAUUUUUCUUUGGAGGUAAGAACUAAAGGACAUCAGAAAUAGGCUAAUUAUAUACAAGAUAUUACUGGAAAUACUAGAAAGGUCCUGCCAAUAUGCUUGUAUUCAUAUAUUCAAGCAUAUACAAGUUGUCUGUUCAACAGCAUCUCUUAUAAUUUUAUGCUUUUAUAUUCAACUUCUAGCUAAUAAAAGCAGUGUAACUGUCUUAAAUGUUCAGUUUGUGUAUAUUCACCAUUCCCUGCAAGGAUGUUUAUGUAAAUUGAAGUACCAGAAAUGGCAUAUAAUGUGCUUGAAGCUGGAAUCUGAAUAUCAACCCACUGUCACUCAGUAUAUCAGUUGUUAUUUGAUAACUAUAUUACAGCACUUGAAGACAGGCCAAUACCACAGACCCAAGCACAAGAUCAAAUAAAGGAACAUUCAGAAAGAAA